CACAAAAAACCGGAGCCGGAACAUCCGCACCACGACGGAAAUGGCGAAGAACAGAGCAGAAGAGUUAACCGAAGACGAGAAGAAGGCCUUACGAGGCAGCAAAUUCGCUCCUCUCCCAUCUCUACCUCCUCCUCGAUCCCAACCCAGGUUGGCUCAUCCAGGGGGUCCGUUGACGACGAAUAAGGCGGCGGCGUUGGCGAAAUUUCUAGAAAGAAAGCUGCAGGAUCCGGAUGGAUUGGGCUCCAUGAAUCCACAGCUAGUUGAGCGCGCUGUUCUGGACGCUAAACGCACCGUUUUUGCAAGUGCAGCCUCUAAUUCUCAAGGAAGAAUACGACAUGUCAACUCCUUUGGUGACUCUGAGUCUGAGGACCCUCUUCAGGAGGAAGUAGAAAAUGUGGGAAUCUCUGAGCCUAAGAAGAAGAAAAAGAAUAAGAAGAAGAAGAAGAACAAGCAAAAGAUAGUGGAGGACAAUGGGGGUGCUGUGGUCAAAAAGCCGAAAAAGAAGAAGAUAAAAUUGUGACAGGAAUAUACUGUGAUAUACUUUUGGUGCCUGGAAGUGGAUGGUGGCUUCAGAAAGCUAGUUGUGGAAGAAGUUUGUAGUUGAUGGCUUGUAUACCACAUCAUUUUGCCAGUACAAGGUACAGAAAAACACUUGAAUUCCAUUGGUUUGUACUACCUUUAGCCAUUAGAAUCAAGGGCAGCAGAGUAUACUUUCUCCAUUGAGACAUGUAUUACUAGUUUCUCAGUUAGAUGGUUAAGAAGUGUUCCUCAUGUUUGUGCUUGUAGAAUCUGAUACUUUGUU